CUGGAGGAACCAUCAUCGUCAAGUCAAGUCAAGUCAAGUGUCUUGUCUGGAGGUAUUUUUGUCCGGUUUUUAUCACAGGUUGCAGUGCCUUAACGAUGUCCUCGACCAUCGAAAAGAACGAAUAUCCGAAGGCUUCAAAUGCUUUGGUAGCCGGAGCCAUCCUAUCCUAUGUCGCAUCGAUAUUCCUGAUGAUGAGCUUUUGCUCGCCGUAUUGGAUCGAAUCCUACGAUGAAUCGUUCAGUUCGUUUAAAAACAUGGGUCUAUGGGAGUAUUGCUUUAAGGAUUUCAGCUAUCCGUACUACCAAUUUCCGAAACUGUUCAACGGGUGCCAUCACAUCUUUAGCGAGGAAUACUAUGUCAUUCGGGAGUACCUGCUGCCCGGUUGGUUGAUGGUGGUUCAGGCAUUCGUGACGCUAUCGUUCCUGUGCACAUUCGGUUCGUUGGUGAUUAUGGCCUGUGAACUGGUGAGAUGGCCCCUGAAGAUGGUGCUGCGCUACGAGUGGAUGCUGACAUCGGUUUCGUUCGUGGGAAUCGCUUCCUCGUCAUUCUUCAUGUUCCUGUCGGUGGCCAUCUUCGGGGGAAACGCCUACCGCCGCGAUUGGCUCAUGUACCCCAAGUUCAACGUUCUGUCCUGGUCGUACGCCAUGGCCGUGAUUUCCUUCAUGAUUCUCGCCAUGGCAGCCCUGCUGCUCUACAAGGAAGCCAAAAAGUCCUACGAACUGCGUCGUGAAGCCAAGAACCUGGUGAUGCAGAUGCAAAUGCAUGAACCCGGCUAUCACCCGUCGCACCAUGCCAGCCGAAGUCUGCACAGCGGUGGCUACAUAUAAAUGCCCUACUUCCGGCUCUUAUCGGCUCUUUAUUUUAUGUAACUUUAUCAUCGUAGAAUGUUUCGUCCUAUAGAUGUGCUUCAAAUCAAGCUCACGGAAUAAGCAGCACAAUCCAUCACGCGCCGAAUCAGUUCUAGCAGUUUGUAGCAAAUCCAAUAAGAAAACCUCAACGAACUAAUCGUCAAACAAUACCUUACUACCAUUAUCAGCAGGUCCACGCACAAAGGACAUAAAACAAUGCACUAAAUGUGGCCUUAUAAGAACACACAUACCAACCAACACGUAUACACAAAGCACGCAAGCAAACACUGACGUCACUAAAAGGAUGUCCUUUUUAAUGUUCGCUUGACGUAAACAUCGAAAUUUAUGACUUCUAACUUUCAAAGACCAUUCGAUGGGAUAGUAAAGCCCGGUAGAAAUGAAUUUCGAAUUUUUCUAAUUAGUGCAUAAAGACAUUUUACGACGACGAUGGUUCUCAUUAACGUACUUUUUACUUUGACCACACGUUCUUCCAAUUUCAACCUUUAUUUUGUGUAUCUACCUGGUAUUGUAGUUUAGAACGUAUCGACCGCCCGUUCUGUAGUCUACCUAGCUUUAGCGAAUGUCAAGUGCAAAAACGUAUUCUCGAAUCAAUUCCAUUUAUACUUAGUUGUUAAGGUUCAACACUGUUGACGAAACUCGUUUGAAAGUUUAAUUAGCUCUAUCGGAAAAAAAGACAAUUCUUAAACUGUAAGAAUCUCAGUUCAAUACUUUGCCGUCCAAUUAGUUUAUUUUUUAUACGACCAAUAAAUAGCAUGUAAUCCUCGGUUAGAAUUUGUUUGUAACUUUUGGAAACAAUUUUUACAACCACAAUAUACAGCACGUUAGUGUUAAGGAAGCUGCUACUGCGGAGUAGCUUUUGUAUCACUUUUUUAAUGUAACGAAUCAUAUACAACUUACAAGUGUAACGAAAAUAAAUGUUGUAGUGAAAAUAGUG